AGCCAAUCGGGGCAGAGCGUGCGUUCCCGCCUUGCACCCACAGCGCGUGCCGCCCAGGAGAUGACAGGAAGAGCUAGAGCCAGAGCAAGAGGAAGACCUCCAGCACUGGAGACUACUAGUCCUUCUGUAGGAGCUGCACCUGUUCAACAAACUUUGCCAAGUCAGCAACCUGGGCGUCGGCAGCCUCAGCAGCCACGUGUUCCUCCAUCAAUAUCAGAAGAACCUGGUGGCCAUGGACGACAGAGAGGCUCUCAGAGUGUUCUACAAGGCCGGAAUGGGAGAAGGCCAGAAGGAUUACAGAUUUCUGCGGGAUUUCAAGAAUUGUCUUUAGCAGAUAGGGGUGGACGUCGUAGAGAUUUCCAUGACCUUGGGAUAAAUACUCGGCAAGCCAUAGAACAUGUUCAAGAAUCAAAAACUGGUUCUUCAGGUAUUAUGGUAAAAUUAACUACAAAUUACUUUCGUCUGACGUCUCGACCCCAGUGGGCUUUAUAUCAGUACCAUGUUGGCUAUAGUCCUGAGAUGGAAGCACGCCGUCUUCGAUCAGCUUUGCUCUUUCAGCAUGAAGAGCUAAUUGGAAAGACACAUGCAUUUGAUGGAUCAAUAUUAUUCUUGCCAAAAAAACUAGGGAAAAAGGUUACUGAAGUGUUUAGUAGGACUCGAAAUGGAGAGAAUGUGAAGAUAACAAUCACGUUGACUAAUGAGUUGCCACCUACUUCGCCUACAUGUCUGCAAUUUUACAACAUCAUUUUUAGAAGGCUUUUGAAGAUGUUGAAUUUGCAGCAGAUUGGACGCAAUUAUUACAACCCCAGUGACCCAAUCAGCAUCCCUAAUCACAGGUUGAUGGUUUGGCCGGGCUUCACAAGUUCUAUCCUCCAGUAUGAGGAAAGCAUUAUGUUAUGUACAGAUGUGAGCCAUAAGGUUCUUCGCAGUGAAACAGUGUUGGAUUUUAUGUACAGUCUGUAUUACCAGGUUGAAGAGCAAAGAUUUAGAGAUGCCUGUGCUAAAGAGCUGAUAGGUUUAAUUGUUCUUACGAAGUACAAUAACAGAACAUACAGAGUUGAUGACAUCGACUGGGAUGCCAAUCCACAGUGUACCUUUAGAAAAGCAGAUGGUUCUGAGAUCAGCUACGUGGACUACUACAAAAGGCAAUAUAAUCAAGAAAUUACUGACUUGAACCAGCCUGUCUUGAUCAGUCAGUCUAGGAGGAGGAGAGGAACCAUCAUGCCAGGACCUGUGGUUCUAAUUCCAGAGCUGUGCUUCCUAACAGGAUUAACUGAGAAGAUGCGUAAUGAUUUUAAUAUGAUGAAGGACUUGGCUGUUCAUACACGACUGCCACCUGAGCAAAGGCAACGUGAAAUUGGGAAACUUAUUGACUACAUCCAAAAAGAUGACAAUGUUCAGAAGGAACUCCGAGACUGGGGUUUAAGCUUUGAUUCUAAUUUAUUAUCCUUUACGGGAAGAGUUGUUCAAGGAGAAAAGAUCCUUCAAUCAGGAAAUGUGUUUAAUUACAAUCCUCAGUUUGCUGAUUGGUCAAAGGAAACUAGGGGAGCUCCCUUAAUCUGUGCAAAGCCUCUGGACAACUGGUUAUUAAUAUAUACACGGCGCAACUAUGAUACUGCUAAUACAUUACUUCAAAAUCUGUUUAAAGUUACGCCAUCUAUGGGCAUCAGAAUGAACAAGGCAACCAUGAUUGAAGUAGAUGAUAGAACAGAAGCUUACUUAAGGGUUUUACAGCAAAGUGUUACCCCUGACACAAACAUAGCAGUUUGUGUUUUGUCUAGUUCCCGAAAGGAUAAAUAUGAUGCUAUCAAGAAAUACUUAUGUACAGAUUGUCCCAUUCCAAGUCAAUGUGUGAUUGCUCGCACUUUAAGCAAGCCUCAGACUGCUAUGGCCAUAGCAACAAAAAUUGCCUUACAAAUGAACUGUAAAAUGGGUGGAGAACUUUGGAGUGUUGAGAUCCCACUGAAACAGGUAAUGGUUGUGGGAAUUGAUUGUUACCACGACACUUUAUCUGGAAAGCAGUCAAUUGCAGGAUUUGUUGCUAGCCUGAAUCAAACAAUGACACGGUGGUUCUCCCGCUGUGUUGUUCAAGGUCGUGGGCAAGAACUUGUGGAUGGGCUCAAAGCCUGCUUGCAAACUGCUCUAAGAGACUGGUUCAAGUGGAAUAAUUAUUUGCCGUCUCGUAUUAUUGUGUAUCGUGAUGGUGUAGGAGAUGGACAACUAAAUACUUUGGUUAAUUACGAAGUGCCUCAAUUUCUGGAUUGCUUGAAGAGUGUUGGAAAAGACUACAAUCCAAGACUUACUGUGAUAGUUGUGAAGAAACGAGUGAAUACCAGGUUCUUUGCACAGUGUGGUGGAGCACUUAAAAACCCACCCCCUGGUACUGUUGUUGACGUGGAGGUUACCAGACCAGAAUGGUAUGAUUUUUUUAUUGUGAGUCAGGCAGUGAGAAAUGGUUGUGUUGCACCCACUCAUUACAACGUAAUUUAUGACACAGGCAAACUGAAACCAGAUCAUGUACAACGUUUAACCUACAAACUUUGCCACAUGUACUAUAACUGGUCGGGUGUUAUCAGAGUACCUGCUCCUUGCCAAUAUGCUCAUAAACUGGCUUUCCUUGUUGGUCAGAGUAUUCACAGAGAACCAAACCUGUUGCUUUCAGACAGGCUUUACUAUCUUUGAAGUUGAGUUAUCAGCUAAAAAAAGUAGCAUAGUUCCUGGGAAUGUAGAAUUGUCUGGGGUUUUGCGUGGCGCUUUGGUUGGGUUUUUUGUUGUUGUUUGUUUUUGUUUUGGUGUUGUUUGAUUUUUUUUUUUCUUUUUUUCUUAAGAUGUGUGUAUGUGCAGUUGUGAACUUUAUUUUCAUUGUAGCAGGAAAAAGCUUGAGAUAGCAUAUCUGCAUUUUGAAUAGGUCUCUGCUUGCUAUAAUGACUAUUUUUUAUUAUUUUUUUUUAAUACUUAUUUACUAAAGCAUUUCUGGGAUUCUUCACAAAUGAUUACUAGUUGUUCUUAUUUUUAUUUAUGUUUUGGGGAAGUCUUACACAGAAUUAUCUUUAGCAUACAAGUUAUAUAGUUAUGCAGACCAAAAUCCAAACUUUUUCAGCUAGCACAUUACACUUUUACUUUUCAAAAUGCAAUUGUUGCUUCCUUGUUUUUCUUGGCUGUUAAAAUGAGGGCAAAAUUUUGUCUUCUAAACUAUUUCAUAUCUUAAAAAGAGGCUAUCAGACAUUCUUGGUUAUCAAGGCUUUGUUUUAAUAGUGCUGCAAAACCUGUGGAAGAGUUUUUAAUACUUGCCCUUGUAAGUGAUUUGCAGACCAACUAGAAACUGUCUUGUGCUCACUUGUGUCUCCCCUAGGAGUAGAGGGAAGUGAAGUGGGAUGUCUUCAAACUGGCAUAGCUGAGAGGGAAGUUCUGUGCAUACCAGAGUUUCAGGAAUGAGUGUCAGAGGCAAAAUUAUUUCUGUAUCUUAUCACAGCUAUAGGAACACCUUUAUUAUCUAAGGCUAUUCUCUCCACAAAAAAGCAAUGGCUUUGACUAAGCUUGAAUGCUCUUAUGGGGGCUGUGUGACUUAGCGUGGACUAUCCUAUUGACAUGCUUUUUCUUAGUCUUGUAACUUCAUAUUGACUACACAGUAUGAGUAAAUCAUUUCAGUUGCAAAUUCAUAACUGAAAUGAACUAAAUUUCUUGGUUGACACUGUUUAAUUGCAUGGUUGUUAAAUGAGAAAAGUAAUUUCCAACAAAGAGUAUCAGUGCACUGAUGUGCACAAAAGUAGAUAGUUUUACUAUUCAUGGUUUGGUUUUUUUUUUGGUUGUGCAGUUCCAAGUAAUGGGAAGUGCUUAGGCCUUGGUUUGUAUUGUACUUCUAGGAUUUUCAUUGGUAACUGUUCAGCAGGAAUAGCUUAAUUUGUAAAGCAAGUAGCAGUUGUGUUGAUGAAAGUUGAUUUCAGAUUUUGCAUUACCAGGCGCAGAGUCAAACUAGGCGCAUAUGGAAGAAUUUGGAUUAGUGCUGUUUUUUUUAAACUAACUUGUUCUGAAGCUUGUUCCUUUUCUUUGUGAGAUUUAAAUAAAGUUGUUGCUGUAAUCCU